UUCCGAUCGCCGGGGAGCCCGGCAGUGGUGUCAGUGCUCGCGGGGCCUCGGUGCCGGGUCUCCGCUCUUCUGCUCGCUUCCACUUGCCCGCAGGUUGGCGCGCUCAGCCAGCAGAAGAGCCGCGUCCGGGGCUGUGGGCGGGCUGCAAGCUCCAAGCUCCUCGGCCGCCUGGGAAGUAGACGCAGCGGCUAGUCCCAGAUCAGAGAUGGGGAGCUGGCGAAGUUGACGAGCACCCCCCCUCCCUCCCUGACCCCUCCUCCCUCCGCCACCCCAGCCCCAACCACGCCGCUCUUCCUCGCCGGGUGGUGCAGUGGCUUCUCCCAGAAACGCCCACGGGUGGCCCUGCUCCAGGGGCUGCAGCCUGCGGUUUGUCGCGCGUGCUGGUUUGCCAGUGGAGCCUCCCCGGGGAGAAGCCUCGGAGGGGAGUUGUCUUCCCCGGGAAUCCCUGCAGUUCAGCCGAGGGGCUCGGGCGGCCUCGAUGCACCCGACCCAGCCCCGCAGCCGCUGACGCCGGGCGGCGGCGAAGUUUCACUGCCGGGCGGCGCGGCGAGGGGCCACUGGACAGCGGGCUGCCAGGCGGUCGCGGCGGCUGGAGCGAUGCCGCUGGGGGGCCUCUUGCCCCUCUUCGGCAGCCCGGCGGGCAGCGCCCUGGGCGGGGGUCUCGGCGGCGGCAGGAAGGGGUCGGGCCCCGCUGCCUUCCGCCUGACGGAGAAGUUCGUGCUGCUGCUGGUGUUCAGCGCCUUCAUCACGCUGUGCUUCGGGGCGAUCUUCUUCUUGCCUGACUCCUCCAAGCUGCUCAGCGGGGUCCUGUUCCACUCCAGCCCCGCCCUGCAGCCGGCUGCAGACCACAAGCCCGGGCCCGGGGUGCGCGCCGAGGACGCGGCCGAGGGGCUUGUCAGGCGCGACCAGGAGGGAGCGCCCGGGGACCCCGCGCUCGCCCUGGAGGACAACUUGGCCAGGAUCCGCGAAAACCACGAACGGGCUCUCAGGGAAGCCAAGGAGACCCUGCAGAAGCUGCCCGAGGAGAUCCAAAGAGACAUCCUGCUGGAAAAGGAGAAGGUGGUCCAGGACCAGCAGCGGAAGAAUGCGGCGCUCAAGAGGCUCCCCCCCGUGGAUUUCGUGCCCCCUAUAGGGGCGAUUGGCCGGCAGCCGGCGGAUGCCGAGAUCUCUGAGAAGAGGGCAAAGAUCAAAGAGAUGAUGCAGCAUGCUUGGAAUAACUAUAAACAUUAUGCCUGGGGAUUAAAUGAACUGAAACCUAUAUCAAAAGGAGGCCAUUCAAGCAGUUUGUUUGGUAAUAUCAAAGGAGCAACAAUAGUGGAUGCCAUGGAUACACUUUUCAUUAUGGAAAUGAAAGAUGAAUUUAAAGAGGCAAAAUCGUGGGUUGAAAAAAAUCUAAAUUUUAAUGUGAAUGCUGAGAUUUCUGUUUUUGAAGUCAAUAUUCGCUUUGUUGGUGGGCUGCUCUCCGCUUACUACCUGUCUGGAGAAGAGAUAUUUCGAAAGAAAGCAGUGGAACUUGGCAUAAAAUUACUACCUGCAUUUCAGACUCCUUCUGGAAUUCCAUGGGCAUUACUGAAUUUGAAAAGUGGGAUUGGAAGGAACUGGCCCUGGGCUUCCGGAGGCAGCAGUAUUUUGGCAGAAUUUGGAACUCUGCAUCUGGAGUUUAUGCACUUGAGCCACUUAUCAGGAAACCCUAUCUUUGCUGAAAAGGUGAUGAAUGUUCGGACAGUACUAAAUAAGCUGGAUAAACCUGAAGGUCUUUAUCCUAACUAUCUGAACCCCAACAGUGGACAGUGGGGCCAAUAUCAUGUAUCAGUUGGCGGACUUGGAGACAGUUUUUAUGAAUAUUUGCUAAAAGCAUGGUUAAUGUCUGACAAGACUGACCUAGAAGCUAAAAAGAUGUAUUUUGAUGCUGUUAAGGCAAUUGAAACUCACUUGAUCCGAAAGUCUAGCACAGGACUAACUUACAUUGCAGAGUGGAAAGGGGGCCUCCUGGAACACAAGAUGGGCCACCUCACCUGCUUUGCUGGAGGCAUGUUUGCACUUGGAGCGGAUGACGCCCCUGCAGGCCAGACCCAGCACUACCUUCAACUCGGUGCUGAAAUUGCCCGGACCUGUCACGAAUCUUACAAUCGCACUUUAUUGAAAUUGGGACCAGAAGCUUUCCGAUUUGACGGUGGUGUUGAAGCCAUUGCUACAAGGCAAAAUGAAAAAUACUACAUCCUACGACCAGAGGUUGUUGAAACUUACAUGUACAUGUGGAGACUGACACAUGAUCCAAAAUACAGGAAAUGGGCCUGGGAAGCUGUAGAGGCCCUGGAAAGUCACUGCAGAGUGAAUGGAGGCUACUCGGGCCUGAGGGAUGUUUACCUCAGACAUGAAACUUAUGAUGAUGUGCAGCAGAGUUUCUUCUUGGCAGAGACACUAAAAUACUUGUAUUUAAUAUUUUCUGAUGAUGAUCUUCUUCCACUGGAACAUUGGAUCUUUAAUACCGAAGCACACCUUCUCCCCAUACUCUCUGCAAAUAAAAAGGAAGUCAAGGACAAUGAAAAAUAAAAUUUAAAAAAAUUAAAAAGACAUUUUAUAUUUACUCUGUGCCAUUCCCUUCACUGCAUACCUUAAGAAUUCCUUUUCUAGUAUUCAGACACAUGAUGAAUUUUUAUUAAUAGUUCUAUGAUUAUUCUAAGUCCAAAAAUUGUUUUGCAGUCUUUUAUGUUUAUUUUCAUAAGCAUAGAUGGACCUAAAUUCUUUCUUUAUUUGUAUCCUUUAUUAUUUCAUCAGUGGAUCACAAGUUUUGUUGUAGUUGUUGUUUUAAUUAAACUAUAAUCUUUGAAGUUCAUAAAGGGAUUUUGAUUUUUUUUUAACUCAAUAGAAUUGUAUGCCAAUGACCUCUUGAUUGCAAUUUUAAUUUGACUGCAAAACUUUAGCCUCCUCUGUGAGGAGAUGAUGUCUGCUUUAAACUGUAAUGUUUUGCCAUGUUGCAAAAAGCCAUAAUGAUAAAUUAAAUAUUAAAAAGCUUUUUCCUUUUUUAUUUCAUGUUAAUCUAGUUUGUCUAUCCACCAGAGACAGAUCUUAUGACUGUGACAGCCUCCUUAUGUGCGUCUAUCAUUAUUUGAUGGGAUGUCUUCUAAUACACUUCACUUGCAUUGGAAAUCAAAUUAGAAUGUCAUCCCAAAAGAAUCAUCUCAUGUCGACCUCAUUUCAUUGGGACCACUGUAUGUUUUGUUGGUUAAUUAUACUAGUGCUUCCUAAUUUGUGAAUUAGUUCUCAAAUUUUACUUUAAAAGCCUUGUGUCAUUUCUGGGUCAUGCACCAGUUAAUUCCUUCUAUUCCCUACCAUGCAGCAAGGUGAACUUUAAAGUUUUGCAGAGCCCCGCUAUUUCUGAAUUAUAAUUUUUAAAGAGAAAUACUUUAAGUGUGUUUGCUUUUGCUUGUGAUUGAAUAUAUGAAGACACUAGGUAUCUCUAAAGAGAGAAUGAGUAUUUCAUAGGACUUUUUGUCUACAUUUCACCUUUUUUUUUUCUUUUACUUUGAGAAAAAGAAGCUUUGCAUUUGCUCAGACUUUUUCUAUUUGAAAAGGGCCCUUUCUCAAAUAUAGUAAAUUGCCUCAUUUCAAUAUAUGAAAGAAGAAUUUAAUGUAUCAGUUUGUGGUCAGUAAAGAAAAAAAUGAAUAAACCUUUAGGUCAAGUUAAAAUACAGAAUAUUUUGUAUGGCUAAAUUCAAGAUAAUAGUCCCAGUUUAGAAAGAAAUAUAUAGGCGCAUAAACACUCCCAAUUUCUCACAGCUAUAGCAAAUCAAAAUUAUUUCUAACCAUUGUUUUAAGAAUAUAAAUGGUUUUCCCAAGAAUAGAUUUUUAUGACAUUGUUUUGUUUUCUUUUCAUAUUAGUUUACAUUUUAUAUCUAUUCUCACAAAAGGGCUAAUCUGGUGAUGCAUAUACUGAGGUACAAAGACUGGCCACCUAUGUUUUUCAGCCCAGGGUGGCCAAAUAAAUCAGUGCAACCCUAUGAAUUAGGCUGAAGAAUAUGAAAUUGCUGCAUCUGUAGUUUAAAAACUAUCUAGAUGUAGCAACUGUGUAUGGUUCAACAUCAUACUUUUAAAGCAACUAUUUUCUUAGCUCUCAAGACUUAGAGAUUUUAUCUGUCUCGGCUUUUAACAAUAUUUCAGAAGAUUUCUUUUGUUUGGAAAGACUACUUUUACGUUGACCUGCUUUCCCAAAGUACUAUAUACUGAUAUGUAUCAAAUAAUAAAUUAAUAAUAUUAGUAAGUGAUAAAGAUCCUUCAUAUAUUACUGUCAUGUUUAUGUUUCUGUGGCCCAGAAUAACAUCUUCCAUUUCUAUAUUCAAAUUAUUUUAUGAAAAUGAUUCAAUAGUUAGAGUUCUGUUUUCUCAGGUCUUAAUGGCAAAAUAUAAGAUUAUUGCCAAAAUCAGGCCAUUGGUAUUCAGAUUAUACUUUUCAUAUGAAUGUUCUUGAACUAGCUGUUGAAAAUAGUCUAUUUUCUUUGCUUUCCAAUUUUAUUUGAAAGAGCACAAAACUGAUAUGUAUUUCUGUAACAGAUAGGCUAUUAAAAUCAGGUUGUACUUACACACUGCACUAUAAUGUACCUUUUGUACCCUGGAAUAGAUAGGCAAGAAGAUUGUACUAUAUAUUGCUAUGCCAAUGGCAAGAGUAGUUUUUCAAUUCUAGGUCUUGGAUUUUUUUAACAUAAGUUUCAAACACCAAAAAUGUAAACAAGAUAAUAGAUUGAUAUUAUGUUCAUGUGAUUUAAUUGGUUACAAUUUGUGUUCAUUUUUUAAAUGACUGAAUUUCUUAGGUAGACACUGUUGUUCAUUUUCAGCAAAACUGUGCAGUUAAGUUUACAUUUCUAUUUACAUCUUGAUAGGUGAAUAAUUUAAAUAGCACUUAAUUUCACAUUUAUGCAUAUGUUUGAAUAUACUUUGUGCAAUUAAUACUACACAUAUAAAUUAUAUGGCAAUUUACAAAACUCAAUGUCUGUCAUGAAUCUUUCAUAUGUAUUACCCACUCCUUAUAUUGAUUGUUUUGGGUUUGUACAUAAAUCCACUCUGUCAUUUCCAACUUUAUAUAAAUCUUUAAUGUUAUGGGAAGCAUAAUAGAUUGACACAUAAUUUUUAAAAACUAUAUUUGUAAAAUUUCUCUAUUGUGAAUAAAGCGUUUUAAUAUAC